CUUUUGGCUGUGUUCUUUUUUGUUUUUUUACGUUAAAAGUGAAAGAAAGUUUUGGAUUCUUUGAUGAUGAGGAUAUGUUAGUCAUAGCAGAUAAGGUUAUUUUGGAUACUGAGGAUCUGGUCCGCAAGCGGUCUGCGCCAGUAUAUAUCUAGAAUCUGCAAAAUUUCUCUGUUUCUUCUUUAUAGUAAAUCUGCCUGCGAACCAACACAAUUGGCUUCUUUCUUUUAACAGAAGUUUUGGCCCUAGUUUUACCUUUUUGUUUAACCAAGAAAACAAAAACAAAAACUAUUAUUUCAUUGUUUAUUUGAAUAUUACCGUAUAUAAAGUUUUUCUCAAUUAGAUAAUUUUGCCUUCUUAGGAAUAGUACUUAGCUGGAUCCACCUUGCCAAUCACUCAUGAUUUGUCAAAGGAAACCUAUUAAUGGCUACAAUUGAAGUAAAUAAUUCAAUUAAGCAACGUAUUUGCAGUAAUCAAAAGUAGUCUCAGGUUUUCUUCAAAAAGAGAAAAUCUUCUGUUUACGGGUUUUGUUCGCUAACUCCCAAGUUUUUUCUUGCCUGGACCGUAGUCCAAUUAUUUAUAAGUCUAUAGGUCCCGCUUCAGAAAAAUGCGACCAAUAAGUAUUUAUAUUAUGGUCCAUCCUAGAAAUUUUCCCUAAUUCUUAUUUCCUUUUUUGGCUUGGCUAUCAUAGUAAUGAUAAGUUUUACUUGCCAACUCCAAUUCAUAGUGUGUUGUUGAUAUAUGGUGAAACAUUGAAGUUAAAUAUUAAGUGCCAUUAUAUCCAGCGUACAGCAAAUCCCCGAGGAAACUAUGGCUGAAGACGACAUCUAUACAAAGGAUGGGACACUGAAUAUUAAAGGAGAACCUGCAAAUAAAAAGAAAACUGGGAAUUGGAAGGCUUGCCGUUUUAUUCUUGGGAAUGAAUGUUGUGAAAGACUGGCAUACUAUGGAAUGAGUACCAAUCUAGUGAACUAUCUUCAGGACCGUCUCAACCAGGGAAAUGUCGCUGCAUCAAACAAUGUGACCAAUUGGUCAGGAACUUGUUAUAUUACCCCACUGAUUGGAGCCUUUCUAGCCGAUGCAUACUUUGGAAGAUAUUGGACAAUUGCCAGUUUUGUAAUGAUUUACAUCUUUGGGAUGGCACUCUUAACAAUUUCUGCUUCCGCCCCUGGACUCAAGCCAUUUUGUGAUAAACACUCUUGUCACCCAACAAAAACACAAACUGCAGUAACCUUUGCUGCACUCUAUCUUAUUGCUCUUGGGACAGGUGGAAUCAAGCCAUGUGUCUCAUCUUUCGGUGCAGAUCAAUUUGACGAAACUGAUGAUGAUGAGAAGAAAAAGAAGAGCUCCUUUUUCAACUGGUUCUACUUCUCAAUUAACAUUGGUGCACUUAUUGCUUCUUCUGUUUUGGUCUGGAUACAAAUGAAUGUUGGUUGGGGGUGGGGGUUUGGGGUCCCAGCGGUUGCAAUGGCCAUUGCAGUUGUGUUUUUCUUCGCAGGAAGCAAGCUAUAUCGACUUCAAAGGCCUGGAGGGAGUCCCAUUACAAGGCUUUUACAGGUUAUAGUUGCAUCCUUCAGAAAAUUGAAUGUUCAAGUUCCUGAUGAUAAGUCUCUUCUUUAUGAGACUACAGAUGAGGAAAGUCAGAUCCAAGGAAGCCGGAAGCUUGAGCACACAGACAAGCUUAAGUUCUUUGACAAGGCUGCUGUGGAGACCCAAACUGAUAGCGUUAAAGACUCAACAAACCCAUGGAGACUCUGCACAGUAACUCAAGUCGAAGAGCUUAAGGCCAUUAUUAGGUUGCUUCCAGUAUGGGCUAGUGGAAUAGUGUUUGCCACUGUAUAUGGUCAAAUGAGCACCAUGUUUGUUUUACAAGGCAACACCAUGAAUCAGCAUAUGGGUCCGCAUUUCAAGAUUCCAUCAGCAUCUCUAUCACUCUUUGACACCCUUAGUGUCAUCUUCUGGACUCCUGUAUAUGAUCGGCUCAUUGUCCCAUAUGCAAGAAAGUACACAGGAAAUGAACGAGGAUUCACCCAGCUCCAACGUAUGGGCAUUGGGCUUGUCAUCUCCAUUUUCUCCAUGAUCACUGCUGGAGUAUUAGAGGUGGUUCGGCUCAAUUAUGUCCAGAGGAAUAACUACUAUGAUCUCGAGUAUAUUCCGAUGUCUAUAUUUUGGCAAGUACCGCAGUACUUUCUCAUUGGAUGUGCAGAAGUUUUUACUUUCAUCGGGCAGUUGGAGUUCUUCUAUGACCAAGCGCCUGAUGCUAUGAGGAGUUUGUGCUCAGCUCUCUCACUUACAACUGUUGCAUUAGGAAAUUACUUGAGUACAGUGCUGGUUACUGUAGUGACAAAGGUCACCACAAGGCAUGGAAAGCUUGGUUGGAUACCAGACAACUUGAAUAGGGGCCAUCUUGAUUACUUCUACUGGCUCUUAGCUAUCCUCAGCCUAUUGAAUUUCUUUGUAUAUCUGUGGAUCGCAAAGUGGUAUACUUACAAGAAGGCGACAGGCCGUGCUCAUUGAGACAAAAGAAUGAUUGCCGUGUUGAUGAAUUCGCAAGGCAAUUAGUAAUUUCAUUUCUAGUAGUUUGGUUAUGUUGGCGAUAGGGAAUGCUUGUAAAUAUCCUUGGACGUAUUUAAGGAAUAUUCAAAUUCUUAGUACCAUUCCAAUGUUUGUUCA